AAGAAAAUACAAUCAACCCUUCUACAUUACAAAAAUUUCUCUCUUUAUUACAUCCUUUAUCCAUCAUUUUUGUAACACCUAUUUCUAGCUUACAAUAUGAACACUCUUUUGGUUUUCCUUAUCUUUUGUCUCUUAGCCUUUGUCUCACAAGCCAUAGAAUUCGACUUUUGUGUUGGGGAUCUUAGUCUUCCUAGAGGACCUCAAGGAUAUGCUUGUAAAGAUCCUGCUAAAGUUACAACUAAUGAUUUUGUUUAUACUGGUUUCCGUGGUGAAAAAAUUCCUAAUAAUGUUUUUGGAAACAAUGUGACAUUAGCAUUUUCGGAUGCGUUUCCUGCCUUUAAUGGUUUAGGAAUAUCUAUGGCCAGGUUAGACUUUGCCGUAGGAGGAGUGAUCCCAUUACAUUCCCACCGUACGUCAGAAGUUCUUAUUUUGGUAAAAGGUUCAAUAAUUGCUGGAUUUAUUGAUACCAACAACACCGCAUACUAUAAAAGAUUAGAGGUUGGUGAUGUCAUGAUUUUUCCACAAGCCAUGCUUCAUUUCCAAAUCAAUGUUGGUAAAACUCCGGCUAUUGCAUUUGUUAGUUUGAAUGGUGCAAAUCCAGGAAUACAACUCACUCCUACCUCCUUAUUUGCUGGAAAUUUACCAGCCGACAUUGUCCAGAAAAUCACACUCUUGAGUGGUAAGGAAGUAAUUCGGAUGAAGCAAUUGUUCGGCACUGCUUAAUAUUCAUCUUAAGCUACUCCUGCAUUCUUUAUACUUAUUUAUAAGCUCUCGGUUUAUUUAAUUUCAGUGCCCAACAUAAUUGUUUUUAAAGUUUUUGGUAACAAAUAAAGGGUAUACAUAUGCCCCUUGUAUUACUUGUAGUCUUGUAGCAUAUCCCUCUAUUACAUGUCUCGUAGUUAACUAUUUGUUGUAAUUCAUGAAUCGUGAUUGUAUGAUUCUUAUAUCAUUAUUAAUAUAAUUUGUAUAAAAUAUUAUCUUUAAA